CACGUUUGAGACGCUAUAUAACUAGCCUACAGCUUGCGAAAAAGGGUAAAUUAAUACGUCUUCGCUCUAUCUCACUCCUGGCCUCUUGAAAGGUAAGUGUAAAAGCAAGUUUGUUUGAAGUGUACGAACGGAGAGUUGAUAUGCGUAGUCUUUAUGAAGCGAGUUAACUUUCACAUAAACAAGCUUUUAGAAGUGUGCUUUAACCAACGAUAGAAUCAGUUAGUUCAGCUAAGAAGUGUUUUAUCGCAGCGUUAUUAAUUUAAUUCACAAUGGGAUUUGAUGGUCAGAAUGAAAUAACGAAAAUCUUUAAAUUUUUCAUAAAAUAACUGUCUGGGGCUAUAGGCAACAAAGAUGAGGUGAAAAAAUGAUUAAUAACAGCUCAAAUUGGAGGAUAAUGAAAAAAUAAUAAAAAAAGAAGAAGAAAAGAAAAAUUACAAGUUAUUUUACUUGGUCAUAAUCUAUAUCCAAUUAUCUUUCUUAAGGUCUUGAUAUUAUCGUGACAUUUUAUUUUGCAUAUUACGUAUCAGGCAAAAAUAUAUUGUACUAAGGUUGUAUAACGAAAAGCUCAAAGAAAGUAAAGAGCUUAAUUUUUUUACUGAAUAAUGCUCCUUUGAAAAAUUUUCAAAUUUCUCUUCUUACACCAUAAUCCUAUGGCUGUAAUAUGCCAGUCAUAAUAUUAAUGAUUGACAAAUUGCAGCAAGGUACACUGCUAUGACGCGAUAAGACGUAUUUGUUUCAUAAAAUUGGCUAUCACUUCUUGGACGAAGUGUAAAUUUGGUAUAAGCCUUGGAGAGUCAUCUGAAUCCUGGAGAACCUUUUUUUAUGCUAUUUUGAUUCAUACUAUUAAUAUGAGCCACGCAGGAUAAGCUAUUACACAGUUCGAUAUUUGUUUUCUUUGCCAAAAUAGAUGUUGCAAGAACUUCGAUUGACAGUUCUUCCCUGUGUGAAAAUAUAUAGUUGUUCAUGUGAUGAUAUCUCAGAAUCACCGAAACCUGAGAAGGAGCCGGAAAAUUGUGUGCUGUUAACUAUAUAUGUAAUUUAGCUCAGCUAAAAGACAAAACAGCGGAAGUUUUAGGACUAAGUUUACGCAGAGAAAAAUUUUAAAUUACCAUUAAAACGUAUCCAAAACCAUAUGGCGUCCUGUUUACAUUUUGGUUGUCUGGAGCUGAACUUUUUCAUAAAUCCAUCUUUUCCCGUAAAACAAAGACAAGUAAACGAACGAGUCAAGGAUUAUUUCUCCAUUGCUUAUAUUGAAUUUCUACUAAACGCCGCGAUUUUCAACGAUGUAUACCGUUUCACGAUGUCAAUUUGAUCCAGGAACUAGUACAACUGAUUCAUAUCAGUGGUCCUUUGCCAAUGAAUGUAAUUGCUUAGAAUAUAUGUGAAAUUUGUGGUGAAAAUUUGUUUGAAUAUUGUGGGAAAUUUCUUUUCCACAAUUCAUUAAUUUCUUCGAAUAUAUGUGAUGAUGAAAUGCAAAUGACUUUUUUCAAGUGUAUCUCUAAAAAACUGAGUGAGCCAUCUAACGACAGCGAGGUAGAACUGCGUGAAUACACUCCUCUCUUUGCUAGUUUAUCAUUAUACUUUUAAUCGUUAUACAGUAAGGUACAUACCGGCUCUGUGAUAGGUGAGAGUCAAUGAUAUAUCAAAGAUCAUUCGGAGCGCGGCACGGCUCACGUCGCACAAAAGUUGUUUUCCUUGCUUUGUCCAACAUGGUGAACAGUUUUUAAUUGUUUAUAAUACUUUCGCAGAUUUAAGGCUUGAUGUGAGAAAAUCAGUGACACCACAUCUUGAUAAUAACGUAUGACAAUUUAGAGACAGUCGGCUAAAUGAAAUUUUCAUGUUCAUAAUAUAAAGUCCCCCAGCCUCUCUUUUAAUAACCACGUCGAAAACGAUAGGCCCAUAGAGGCCACUUAGAAAAUCUUUAAGUCAACGAUAGCUUUCAUCGGCAUAAGAAGUGAUCAUCUGUACAAAUUAAUUUACUUCUCCGCCUAAUUUCGUUAAUUCAUAACUGCUCGAUCCCCAUUUCAAUUUUAGGCAGGCCCUAAAGCAAUUUUAAGACAGGUAUAACCUGAUCCAAGAACUUUGAGUGAUAUGAAAAAUCUUAAUGAAAUAAAAUCAAAUGCAUAGUAUGUCCCACUUAUACUAGGAAAUGUCACGUCGUGAGGCAUUAAGAAUGCACAAUCAGAAUGUUAUUAAAGAAAAAAUUUUGGUGGAAAAAAACCGUUAAAAACACAAAACUAUUGUGCUUUGUUCUUUGUUCGAAUCAAAACAAAAUCCUCAAACUAAAAUAUUGUGAAAACACGAGCUCGGCAAUUUGUGCUUUUUUUUGAUACUCGGUGUUAUUAAAAACGGACGUUUGAGCGCUGAAGCGAACUUCGCUCAGAAAAAAAUUAUUUUGCAAUAUUUGAAAAAACCGAGGCGGUUUCGAUUACUUUUAGACAAGGAUAGAUUCCUGGGAUCAUCGAUUUUUCGACCCGAAACGCACCGGAUCGCUCUGAGAGAGACAGCGUCUGGAUACACUGGAUAGCGAUGAACCCGUUCGAUAGAUAGCGCUAUCGGCCCUCUGAACAACUGGAUCCUGGUAGACAAUACUGCAUUAUACAGAUGAAAACAAAAACAAUGUCACGGAAACGGAUGACUUACACCCACACAAAGACCAAACAUUUGUUUCAAGCCUUUCUGUUCACUGAGCGAUGAUCAUUUAAUAGCCACCCCCAAGGAUGCUCCAUAGUAAAUUCUAGUUUUUUCCAUGAUUACGUUUCCUGUGAGACUGACCGAGACAGAAAUUGGAAUUUCGGCAAUGAUAUCAUUUAGUCAUCAUUUUAACCGGUUGUGACUUUGUAAACAGUCACCUCGCGACCUGCAAUUUCAAUUUUGUUUUUGUUUUUUGUGGGACAUUGACUAGUUUUGCAGUUUAAAAUUUCCCAACUUCGGUAUCUCAAAAAUACCAUGACUCCAUAACAAAACAUUAAAGGAGCACACAGGACUAUGAAAUCUUAUUGGCUAACAUCUGAUCAUAAGAUGUAUGAGAUGUUGCAUGAUCUUACGUACGUGUAGUUCUAAAAUGCGGAAACACCUGGGUGACAGGCCUGCGCGCAAAAAAAGGUAUGUGACUGCAUAGGGAAGGCUUAUCAUGAACGGGGUGACGUUCGAGUGGGUCGUAGUUGAAUUACUUGCGUCCCUGUUUCUGUUGUACAACUCAGUGAACUUUUAACCUCUCUGAUAAACAUCAUAAUGAAGAGUGUGCGUGUCAUCAUCUCACGCCCACAAAUCAAUAUGUUAACAGCAGCGACAAAGAACUGAGGUUGUAUUAAAAAUACCGCUAGUUUCUUAUUUUAUUCGAGUAACUUCGAAAGUCGAUCUGACCUAUCAUAAGAAACUCUAUCGAUUAAGAACCGACUGGCUCGACCUAUGGCGGUCAUUAAGCUCUUUAUAGCUUACUAUGGUAUGUAAGCCUUAAAAUAAAUUUGAUCGUGCCGUAAGCAACCAAGAAGGGUCAAGGGCACUCUGUGAUCAUUCGAUCUUCUUAGGACCAAAAAAAACAUUAUGUUUGAAAAUAAUUCUCUCUGUGAUACUGAUAUUGACAAAAGGGCUGUUCUCACUUGCGAAGAGAAUGCCGCAUUUUAAAAUUUAGGUUGCCAUUUAUUCAGAACUUGAUGAUUAUUAAAGAUACUUAAAGUGGCGACUGUACCAUAGACCAAUAUUAGAAGCUCCAAAACAAACUUGCGUAAAUCAAUUUUUAAAAGGAUUUCGAAAAACAACUUUCAUAAUAGGUUAGGAAAUGACAAACUCUAAAUAACAAUCUCUGAUAUUUUGGAUUGUCACUUUCCCUUAUUUUUAUGGAUGUUUGGUAAUAAUUUGCGGUUUGGUCAAGAGGAUAUGGAGUAUUAUAAACGCUUGUUGUCCACAUUCAGUUGAAGAGAUUAUAUAAUCAUUUGCAUUAGAGGUGGAGGAUGAGGGAACCUCGUCCAAGUUAAUAAAUUCGAUUCCAGCCAGACUUAUGCUGUCUAGCUGCGUCACAAAUUUUAAGAACACUUCAGCUGACACUUGAAAAAGUUAACAUGUAACAAUGACCAAGCACGAAAUUUCAUCCUUUUACCAAAGUCAAUAUUAAAAUAUUAGAUCGUGGUGCAUGUUACAGCAAAGGUACAACGUGCUAUUUCGAACAAAAAUAUUUUCCUUUACAAAUGUGGUUUAUUUUACUAGGAUUUCAUGUUUUAUUCGUCUUAUAAAUGGCAAACUAGACUACAACUAAAUGUAAAUGCAAAUAAUUUAUUUAUUGAUAGGUAUUCACUAGAAGUAUUAACUUCGAUUCGUGUAUCAGGAAAAUUAAACUACACAAAUGCAAAGACGUUGGCAGGUUACAUUAACUAAAUUGAGAACACCACUAGACUUGCACGUCUAAUUGAUAUAGGUCCAAGCCCGAAAGGUAAAUUUAAAUUGGUUUCCUGCUUUUUAUUCUUGCUAUGUCAUAGAAAUAAUUUUGAAUUAUUCUUACGAACAAAGCUUCAUCAUAGCCGCAUGUUGAGUUUCCCAGGCUUAUAUUGACGAAUCACCUUUUCAAAAAUGAAACUAUAUCGUUAUAAUUGACCUGCCUGAUGAUCGAUUUCACAAGGGAUGGUGAAAUGCGUAUCACUUUUAAUUGAUUUGAGGGUUGCCAAAGUUUUCUAAAUGCCUUCUUCCCUCUCCUUUUCACACUUUUAUGAAAUUUUUCUCUCAUUUUUUCUUCUUAAACUUGGUAAGAUAUCACCGAAAGGUACUCACUCAUCGCUGGUCAAAUUUGCAUUAAACUAUUGGAAGAAAGUAAAAACAUCAUAACAAACUCACAUUGAAAAUAUUGGUCAUUGUAACCUAAUAAUGCUGCCUUUACAAAACUCGCUUCCUUUGAGACACUCUUGAGUCUAUUUUUGGCCUCAUUUCAUUGUUUUGACUUUUUUUGACGCACUUUCCGAUCAUGUUUCCUUUCGCCUCAAACUUGCGGUUUCGUGCGCAUUCAGUUUUCUAGUGUUAACCGGGGGAAGGAAUUGUUCUUUUGACUGACAGCAAGAUUUAGAUUAAGAGAACAAAGGAGCUUAGUUAAAAUGAAAUAUAAUGAGCCACUGCUUCUAUCGUAAGUUCUAUUUGAUGUGUGCUUCAUACUCAUUUCGUCUCUGAAUUUUUCUGUUCUCGUGGUGGAUGUUUGCAGUUUUCUACAUCAUCGUUCAUCCAAAUCAUGGCAAGGAAAAUGAUAGUAAUUGUCUGCCUCCUUUUGGCUUUUUCAAUCGAAGAACUGAUGGCGAGGAAUAUGUUUAGAGAUUACAGGGAAAUGGUAAGUACUGCAAACGCUAGAACAUUUUUGGUAACCGUCUCGAGUUUAUUCCGUGGAAGCUUUAGUCACAAAGAUUUAAGCAAAAAAAUUCGAGGCUCAUUUCUUUGUUAAAAAUUGCGGUUCUUUCUUUCUGAAAUGAAACAUUUUAACUUUGCGAAUGUAAACGAUGGGACGGAAAACAUAAUACCAAACAUUAAUUAUUCGGAAAAUUAGGCGAAAGAUUUUCUCAGCAGCUAAAGAAUGAAUUUAUUGGACUUGUAAAUUUUUAUAACCGGGUCGAGCUAAUAAAGGGAACAACUACAAACUGCGAAGUAGUCAAAAAUAGUACAGACAACUUAAAAUCAGGAACUAAAAGUAAGUGUUAGCUGCAUGAACGAUACUCACUGGACUAGACUUAGACUUAUAGGUGACUGGAUCCCAGCAAGUCUUCUUACAGCUCAAACAAACUACUUCGGGAAUAGAACAGGCAUUAGGGCUGAUGCUUCUGCCUUUAGGCAAUUUCCGCACAAAAGCACCAAGCUUAGCAUGUUCGAAGGAUUGAUGGCGUUUUUCAUCAGAUUAGAGCAUUACGUUUUGUUAACGCUAAUCCGCUGGAUAACGAUUAUGCGUAGGAUCGUUGGAUCUUUCUCGAAUCAUUAAAUUUUCUGUUUCAUCCUGUGAAACACCCGUUUUAUGCGUGUUUUUCUUCAAGUUUCGCCCUUUCCGCGUGUCCUGUUUGGCCUUCAUUGUGUUUCAUCGCCAAUUCUAGUUGUUAAAACAUUUCCUCCUAGCUUUAAACUUUUCUCAUUUUCAAUUGCGAACGAGAAACAUGUGGUUUUCUGCAAAAUAAGUUUUUAUCACAGACUUACAAACUUCAAACGCACUGUCGUCUCUGCUCGAAGCGAGACAAAAUACAAUGCAUUCAAAAUGAGUUGUGGCUAAGGUAAGUAUCGGCUAGGAUAUUGCCAAAAUACUUAGAAGCACGUGUAAUCGAACGGAUCUUGUGGCUGAGACGAAAAAACAGUUCCGACUUUCUCAAGAACAAAAAACAUUUCGACAUUUCACCGGUAUGCAGUGCGAAGAGCUAAUGUUGAGUUAGGAAUUCUCCAAAUGUUUUAAAUAAUUGCUCUGCCAGUUUCAUAUUUUCACAUACCCUGAGGUUUCGCACUUCUACGCUACAUUUUCAAUAGUCAUAUCAGUGUUUUCUCUUUAACUGGCAGAGCAGUGAUAGCCACCAUGGAAUCUUUACAAACUUCACUCAAAUCAAUUCUUCCUUCUCUAUGUUUCAGCGCAAGUUUGCCAAGCGAGCUUCUGGAUGUGACUUGCUGGGAGUGCCUUGUGCGCUCUGUGAUUCGGGUGAUCUGUGUGAGGGCGAACAGCUGGCCUGCUAUGAUAACGUGUGUGGCAAGGCUAUUUCUAAUCCAUACAAAAGGAAACGAAGUGUUCCACUUACUAGGGACGUCGAGCAAACUGGUUACCUUACUCAGUAACCUGGCCAAACAGAGGACCUUAACUGUAACGUCACUCAAACAGUAUCUGCGUACGUAUUCGGGCCUGAAUAUUAAGCAAACUGAUAAAACCGAUAAUUCAUAGUAAGCGCUAUUUAUACAUUUUGUAUUUAUGAUAAAGGUAUGCAAAUGUACGUCUCAAAUUUCUUAGUAUCAGUAAAGAAAUAAAGGAAAGUAAAGUCCUCUC